AUGUCAAACAUAUUAGAAAAAUCAUUAGACGAUAUAAUUGGGGAAAAGAAAUCCGAAAGAAAAUUCACCCCAACCAGCAGAAGAGGCAGAGGCGGUGGACCACUCUCAUCUCGUUUACACCGUUCGCAUCGAUCACCACCUUAUAGCAGACGCCAGCCGGAUGUGUAUAUCCCUCGUGGAUCUCCGGCAACAGAAGGAUUGCGAAACUCCUCUUCUUCAAGCGUACCUCCCGAAGUAUUAAGCAUGGCCAAUGGUCGUCCCACGUUACGAUUAAAGAAUGUUCAUCCAGAGUUGAAUGGAGAUGAUUUGAACAAGUUAUUUUCAACGAUUAAUGACGUCGACUUUAUCAAAUUUGAUGACAAGAAUGAUACGAUUGCGUAUAUAUGUUUCCAACGUGAUUGCGAAAGAAGCAAUUUGGAGGCGAUUGAAAAGUACGAUGGCAAGAAAGCCAUGGGCAAGAUUUUGAUUGUUGAGAAUACUGUUAGCUUGGCCGAUAGAAUCAGUAUAGCGCCAAGACCAGUAGGACGAGAGAGGUUCGCGGGGCGUGGAAGAGAAAGACUCGGCAAUGGCGGAGGAGUAGGAAAAGUAGGAGGAGUGAGAGGUGGAAGGGGCGGUGCCUUGAGAGGGAGAAUUUCGUCACGUGGUGGUAAAUCUAGAAGAGAACCGACACCGAAAAAGAGCGCUGAAGAUUUAGACAAGGAGUUGAAUGAGUAUAUGGGUAAUACUGAUGAUGCUAAUGGUGGUGGUGGUGGUGGUGCUGAGCAGGAAAAUGCGGGUGCUGAUCUAGAUAUGACCGGAUAG